UGUUGACCGCCAGACAUGCAACUGCAGUCUCACGAAGUGUUGGUGCAAAACUUCUUAUAAACGUGGACACAGAGAGCUCUGGUGCAGAUUUGUGUACGUGUGCAGCAGCAUGUCUGAAUAUCCGACCUUCCAGUAUGGCAAGUCUCGUUUCGAUCAGAGCACAUUUUUUGGCCGGUUCAGACACUUCCUGGAUGUGAUUGACCCCAGCACCCUCUUUGUGACAGAGAAACAGCUCCAGGAGUGCAUUGAGCUGCUCAACCGUUUCAAACAAGGGACUCUGCCUCCAGGAGUGACAGAUGCUCAGCUUUGGCAGGCUCAGAAAAUAAAGCAGGCCAUCAUCCACCCUGACACGGGGGAGAAGAUCCUCAUGCCCUUUCGGAUGUCAGGUUUUAUCCCAUUUGGCACACCAGUGGUUGUUGGCCUCCUUCUCCCGAAUCAAACACUGGCGUCAACUGUCUUCUGGCAGUGGUUAAACCAGAGUCACAAUGCCUGCGUCAACUACUGUAACCGCAACGCCUCCAAGCCAGCUCCAGUUUCCAAAUUCGUCCAGGGAUACCUCGGAGCAGUGACUAGUGCAGUCUCCAUUGCGGUUGGGUUGAAUGUGUUAAUCCAGAAAGCAAGCCGCUUCAGCCCAACCACCAGGCUUUUGGUGCAGAGGUUCAUCCCCUUCCCAGCAGUGGCGAGUGCAAACGUCUGUAACGUGGUGCUCAUGAGACACUCUGAGCUGUCGGAGGGCAUCAGUGUGCUCGACAACAACGGGAUCGUGGUGGGAACAUCCAAAGUAGCUGCCAGGCAUGCACUUCUGGAGACAGCCCUGACCAGAGUGGUUCUACCCAUGCCAAUCCUGGUGCUCCCUCCCAUGAUCAUGGCUGUACUGGAAAAGCUCCCUCUCCUGCAGAGACAGAGGAGGCUUGUCCUGCCCAUCCACAGUCUGGUGUGUCUCGCUGCCUUUGGCCUGGCUCUGCCUCUCGCCAUCAGUCUCUUCCCACAGAUGUCCGAGAUCAGCGUGAAUCAGUUAGAGCCGGAGAUCGCCAUGGCAACAGAUUGUAAGACUGUGACAUACAAUAAAGGCCUGUGAGUGAUCUCUACAGUCCGACACACGAAGACAGGACCUGCUGCUCGGCAGGGUUCACCCUGCCAGAGCAUGAAUUAUGGUAAAUUUGGCUGCAUUAGCCACAGAGGAUUUAGCAUACGUUUACAGAGGACACUAGUUCAUGUUGGGAAUACAUGUUGUUUACACCAAGACGCUGGUUGUUAAUUAAGAAGUAACACAUGAUGACAUAUUGUGAUAGCGCACGUCGUGACACCUCAGGAAGCAUUAUCAUGGUUUUAACAUGGACACUUACCAAGGAAAUAAUGUCAAAUAACUGAGGCACUCAGAUCUGAGAAUCUAGAGUGUGCUAUGUUAUCAGCAGGGGGAGGGUUAGGAGUAGGGUUAGGGUUAACCCUAACCCUUAGCAGCCUGGUCAGGAUGGUUAGCUGAGCUAACCCACGAGCUUGUCUGGUUUGUCGCAUUUUUUCUUUCUCUUCCUUUUUCACAGUGAACAAUCACUUAGAGACUAGACAUUAAUUUUAAUAAGCAUGACGGAAAUCAGUGGAUUAAAACAGGAGCAGGACACCUCUGAAUGGUUGUAGUAAUUACUGUGAAUGAAAUCAGGAUCAUUGACUGAAAUGUAUUUUUAUGAAUGUUGAGUUUUGUUUUUCAUUUUUAUUUUAUAGAUUUCAGACAUUCCUAACCUUUCUUGCUCUUGACCCCAGAACAUGAGGCAAUACACAGUCUCCUUGUCAUAGGUUGCAUUCUGUAUGUAACAUGUAAGCUGUUCAAUCAAAGUGAUUUUCACCUCUCAGAUCGCUUCCUGGGGGUAAAACUUCAGUAUUACACAAGGAAGAAGUAAAGUUGAAAGAAAAGUAAGAAAAAAGUCCUGAAUCCUGAAUCUGAUUUAGAAAUUCUGAAAUAGAAAUUCUACCCAAGAUGUUUUUGUAAAAUAUUUUUAGCAAGAUAUCAGAUAAGUUAGUGAAGUAUCACUUUACUAUCAUGUUGCAUAAUUUAAAGUUUAUGGAGCAAACUUUGAAUUUAGGAACUGAGUUAAGUUUUACAACAGAUCAGAUGCUUUGAAUUCAUACAAUUAAUUCGUUAAAACUAAAUGAGAGAUCUUUUACUUUUGCUUCCAACUCAGAUAAAGUGCAUUUACUCUUUAAAAUUACUUUUGUACUUUGAAUACCUCAAAUACACAAAUAUUUUUAAGUCUUAACCUAUAUUUUUGUCCUAGAAAUGUUCAGAGAAAGUACAAUUUUAAAAAUACUGCUGUGUCUUUGUGUAUGUAUCUGUCCUUGAUUUAUAUAAACUCUCUGUC